AUGCCAUUUUCACUCAAAGGUAAAAGGGUGUUGGUCACGGCAGGAUCGCGCGGCCUUGGAGCAGAGAUCUGCCAGAAAUUCGCGGAAGAAGGCUGCAAUGUAGCCAUUAACUAUUACACGAAUGUUGAAGCCGCCCAGAGUUUGGCCAAUCGCUUGAUUGAAGAGUAUUCCGUUAAAGCCUGUAUAAUAAAAGGGGAUACUACAGUCGCCGAGGACAAUGAAAGACUUAUCAACGAGACUAAAGCAAACUUCGGUGGCUUGGACGUUGUGAUUGCAAAUGCAGGAUGGACAAGAUUUGCUAAGCCUGGCGAUAUAUAUGACUUGUCAAUUGAUGAGUGGAACACGUGUUGGAACGCCAAUGUGCUAAGUCACCUGCAACUCAUGCAAGCAGCGAAGCCCAUUCUUGAGCAGAACCCUGAAGGUGGGGCAUAUAUAUUAACAUCAUCCAUAACUGGAAUCACUCCAGCAGGAAGUAGCAUUGGCUACUCCGUUACUAAAUCAGCUGCCUUGCAUCUCAUGAAACAUUUUGCAUUUUGUUUCGGGCCCAAGAUCCGUGUAAAUGCGGUUCUACCGGGCAUCUUGCUUACAGACCAGGGCAAAAAGUUUGGCGACGCACAGAUUAAAAAUCUCCAGGAAAAGGCUGCUUUGAAACACGAGACUUACUUGGACGAUUGUGCCGAUGUUUACGUUAGCCUCAGUAAAAAUACUUCUAUUACUGGGCAGCAAAUAGUGGUUGACUCCGGCUUGGUGAUGGGCGGUCUUCCAAAGCAAAAAUAG